AUGUUCUUUAAUUUGUUACAGGCAACGAUUGAUGAAUAUGCAACAAGAGUUGGGCAGCAAGCUGUUGUUGUUGUUGCUACCCCCAGCAAGUCUGGAAAUAAUUUUAAAUGUUUUGGUGCAAAACCUUUGGAAGAUGUUAUGAAAACACUUAGACAGAUGUUAAUGACAGAGUUGGAAAAUGCGUUGGCCCAACAAGCACCUCCCCCACCUCAGGAUGACCCGUCUCUCCACGAAUUGCCACCUCUUGUCAUAGAUGGCAUACCCACUCCUGUCGAAAAAAUGACACAGGCUCAAUUAAGAGCUUUUAUACCGUUAAUGUUAAAAUAUUCUACAGGGAGAGGGAAACCAGGGUGGGGUAAAGAAUCAACGAGACCGCCUUGGUGGCAAGAUGUACCUUGGGCAAAUGUAAGAAUGGAUGCAAGAUCUGAGGACCAAAAACAAAAGGUCUCAUGGACAACUGCACUCCGUCAGAUUGUUGUAAAUUGUUAUAUACAUGGGCGUGAUGACUUGUUACCUGCGUUUAAUGAAGAAGAUGAAAAAAGUCAAGUUGGAGCACAGGGUAAUGCUACAUAUUCAGGUCCAGUGGUCCAAACUAUUAGUAACCCCCCUGAUGGUACGGUCUCCAUAGUUCAAGUCGAUCCCAAUAACCCUGUUAUUCAAUUACCUGAUGGUACAACUGCACAUGUCCAAGGAAUUGCUCAUAUCACAACACAGAAUGGGGAAUCGUUGGAUGGAGAGAAUGGCUCUGUGAAUAUAGACCUCAACCAAGUAGCAGAAGGAAGCCUGAGUCACGAAGGGACCAUCAUACUUACCGGAGAAGAUGGAUCUCAAAUAAUGGAAUGCCUCCACUUCAUCACACCACCGGCUGGAGACUCACUUGGGCCUUUGGAAGACAUGCUAAUCUUACGUAAAUUUGCAUUUUAAACAGUUUAAAACAGACAAAAGUCUCACACUCUGUAUCGCCAUCGCAACUUUGAAGUAUGGUAACUGGUAUCGCCAUUGUAACUUUGAAAUUUUAGAACUUGAAACAUUGUAACUCAAGGACUACCUAUAUAGUAUUACAAACAUAUUUAAUUUUGGCUUGUGAUUAUGUUUUUCAUUUUUUUUUUUGUUUCUCUAUAAAAGAAUUUGUAUAGUAACUGUAUAUCAUGGAAUAUAUUUAUCUAGCAAUUACAAAAAGUCUGAGGCUGUUUUUUGGGUAUGGUGCAGAAGAUUAUGGCCUCAUCAUUCCUUGAAAGUCAACCUUUCCCCAGUAAAGUAGGCUUUAUUCUUGGGGGUUGCCAAGCCCAGAACUUCCUUAGUGACCGUCUUAUUCUAGUCAAGUAUUUAUGGAUUUUUCUUCUAAAGAAAAUUAAAUACUACCUGUAAUGAAAGUAAACACUUGGUGACAGAUUCCAAGCUUUAUUCAACACAUUACCAAACUACCACAUCUGUAACAGAAAAACAGACAAUAACUAUCAAUAUUCAUGCACACAUGAACACAAGCACAUAAGUUAUGACAAUCAUGCUACAAAACAUUAACAUUAGAAAACAACAUAAAGAAAUAGUUUGAUAUCUAGGACCUACCACAAAUAAUAAUACUACAUUCUCCCCUCCUAGAAAAUUUCACUGUUAAACUAAACAAAUGUAUUGGUUUAAUCCCAUCCGUAGCGAUCAGGAGGUCUUGACACA